CACGGCCAAAAAGAAACAAUCCUAGAAUCUCAAAAAAAAUGGAUUUUGCUAGAAAUGGUGACCAUACUGGUGAGCUUUUUCAAGCUCAAGCUCACAUAUGGAACCAUCUAUUCAACUUCAUAAAUUCCAUGUCCCUCAAAUGUGCAAUUCAAUUAGGCAUUCCAGACAUUAUUCACAAACAUGGCCAGCCAAUGGCCCUUGCUCAAUUGAUCGAUGCUCUUCCCAUCAAUAAUGCAAAAGCACCUUUUGUUUAUCGCCUUAUGCGGAUUCUAAUCCACUCGGGAUUCUUCAUCAAAGCAAAGAUUCCCGAUAAUGAAGGCCACGAGGGGUAUGCACUCACUUCCGCUUCGAAACUUCUACUAGCAAAUGACCCUUUUAGCGUGACACCGUUUCUACUUGCCAUGCUUGAUCCAAUCUUGACUGAUCCAUGGCACCAUUUUAGCCAGUGGUUUCAAAACAGUGAAGAAACCCCAUUUCAUACCUGUCAUGGGACAUCAAUGUGGGAGCUUGCAGGUCGCCAACCGCAGCUAAACCAGUUUUUUAAUGAAGGCAUGGCUAGUGAUGCCCGGUUGGUUUGUACCAUGGUUAUCAAGAACUGUAAGGAUGUUUUUAUGGGGCUGAAUUCGUUGAUUGAUGUCGGAGGUGGAACUGGAACUGUGGCCAAGGCUAUAGCUGAUGCUUUUCCUCAUCUGAAAUGCUCUGUGCUUGAUCUUCCUCAUGUUGUUGAUGGCUCGGAAAGUAGUAAGAACUUGGCCUAUGUUGGAGGUGACAUGUUUGAAGCCAUUCCUCCUUCAGAUGCUGUUUUAUUGAAGUGGAUAUUGCAUGAUUGGAGCGAUGAGGAAUGUGUGCAAAUACUUAGGAAAUGUAAAGAAGCAAUUCCUAGCAAGGAAAAGGGAGGCAAGGUGAUAAUUAUCGACAUGCUGCUGAAAAGCCCGCAAAAUGGAGAUGAUGAUGAUGAUAAUGCGGAGGCUAUUGAAACCCAAUUGUUCUUUGAUAUGCUGAUGAUGGUUCUGGUCAAAGGAAGAGAAAGAAAUGAGAAAGAUUGGGCAAAGCUUUUCUUUGAGGCAGGCUUCAAUGGUUAUAAGAUAACUCCUGUACUGGGCUUGAGAUCUAUCAUUGAGGUUUAUUAUUAUUAAUAAGUUUCUUGCACUUUGUUUGUGCUAAAGAGUGAUGGAUCUACGUUCAAGGCCUUCAAAAUAAGUUUCCUUAAGCAUGGAACAUAUGUUUGAUGCUAUGAUUUGUAGUACCAAAAUAUGUGGAUUAAUUUAAU